UGGGUGCAGAACUUCUUGUGGUCACCUUGUUCUUGUCUGCGUCUUUUACAUGUGAACGGAAUUCCAGCCCUGCAUGUGCAUCGUGGCCUGAGGAGUGAACGUAUGACUAUUCAAACGCUCCGGGCCUUUGAGACGUGUCGGGGAGGGGACUGGACUUUACCCCCUGCUCUCAGUUCAAACACCGAGCAGAAAUAGAAGGGGUGGUUCUGCUGAGCAGCUCGUGUAUAUGCGCAGGUCCAACAGUGAGAACGCUCAGCAAACAAAGCUUGUACAAAUACAAAGGUUAAAGGUCAUUUUUGUGUUUAACUACAUUUAAGCGGUCGAUUUUUUUCUUUUUUCUGAUCUCUUUCUGUUGCACUGCUCAGAUUUUGACAGUCUCCAUUUCACAACCCCCCCCAAACUCAGGUGUUUUUAUGUUUCAGCCUCGGCUGUGAUUUGACCUCGACACAACUGCAGCGGCGGCGGCUCCUCAUUUUGCCCUUUCAGCUGAUCUGACUCCAUGCAAACCCGCUCCGUCCCGGCUGACGCGCUCGGUCUCAGGGGACCACAUUCACUCCAACCUGCUUCCACUCGGCUGCAGUGAUCGCAGGCAGCUGGACGCGUCUCUGCUCCUGCGUGACCAGUUCACCUCACAUUCCUCUCCAUGUAACGCAACCAGCUGAGCCUCGAAGCUUGGUGCGCCCCCCUCUCCUCCGGCCUGGGGAGAAUUUAUCUUCCAUUUCAGCAUUUUCUUUUCCGGCUGUGUGCCUUAAAUCUGAUGAAUGCACAGCCUGGAGUCACACAUUACCCUCUGCAGUGAUGAUUCAGCACAGGUGAAACUGAAUGAGAGAUUUUUCACCUACUUACAUGGUUUGUAGCUGUCGAGAGACGACCAUUUAAUCCCUAAGGAGCACUACACGCUUCACACAGCAGGCCCAGUCUUUCCAAUUCCAGUACCACUAUAUGCAUGAAAUAUGUAUCGCAGUGUUUACUCUGCAUCACUAUUGUUCCAAUAACCAGGGAUUUCGCGGAGUACAAACAUCAACCACCUCCAUAGAGCGAGGAGUUAAAAAUACACCAGAUGGCGCUGCUGAGCUGUAUUUAUUAUCCAAAUUAAUAAGUAAACCUACAAUCAGUUUACCUCCUUUCAACAUGCAGUAUAUUAAAAAGAUAAGUUUAUUAUCUCUCAAUGUGUAACAAACGUACCCCUAAGAAAUCUUGUUUAUCCGAUAACAACAGUUUAUUUAAAUUUACAUUAUAUUUUUUAUAUUUUCCUGUGAUUUACGUGUAUCUGAGAAAUUAAGUGACUCCUCGCUCGCCCAGCUGUGCUUGCUGUCUCCACAUCUGUCGCUAACGUCAUCACAUAAAUGAUCUUCAGUAGAUUAAGCUCUGAAUGACAGUCGUGUCAUAAAUAUGUAUUCACAGUAUUUAUAGAAUAUUAAUACUUAAUUUAAUAUUACUAGGACAUUGGGAUGAGGACAGUCUGGUCUGUGUUCCGAUCACUUGUAUUCCAUUCGCGUGACUCGAACGUCGCCUGUUUUGUUUUGUUUCACGCGGUUUCCUCCUUCGGCCCGACUAAUUGCUGUCAUGACCCAUUUAUUCCCACGGAGAUUAUUGCCGUUUCAGACGCACUCUCGCUCCGCUCUGCCGUGUGUACAGUAAAUAAUGGGCUCACGUCACGUCACCAUGAAUCAGAUCUCCGCAGCAGAUGGCAACAAUCUGCCAUCGCCGCCGAGCUCCACGGCGUGCGGUCACGUCUCUCAGCGGCACCGGCCCAUUCGCUUGUUAGGUUCAUAGAAGGGCCCCAAAUAUGCAGUUUGUGCUAACAGUCGAAUAGCGAUAGCCAAGUCAGAGCCGCACGUGCAUCACAUUAGAGUGAAACCAAACUCGAUCAAGAAGAGUUCAGAAAGCAGCGGUUUCAUGGUGUUUGACGCAGACUAUCAGAGGCUGCGCGUGGAGGAUCCAUCGGGGAUCUGGUCCUGGCUCUUUCAUGUAUUCCACAUAAACACGACACAGUCUUUGAGGAAGACCUCUGGUUGAAAUGCAUCAGCACUGGCGCUUUCAAUAAAAUAUGAAGCGGCGCAGACACUGGCUGCUUUGAAGGUGCGACUUUUUGCUUUGAGAGCUGAGUCCUAAUUGUGAGCCUGCGCUUAUUUUGUCUUCUGCCUCCAUUAUGAACAUUACAGGAGCUCAAGCUGGAUUUAGCAAAUGUCUCACUGCUAAACUUCUCUACUCACUUACAUUUACUGGCUAAAAACAACAUGCCAUCAUCUACCGGGCCCAUAAAACCCCUAGUUGGUAGCUUCGUUUGCAUCAUUACCAAUGACGUCACCAUCAGUGGCCCGUCCUCAUUUUCCAGGCUAAUCAGUGCACGAGGAACAUCAGAUGAUCCCAUUAGCUCUAGUAAAUGUCCUGUUGGUGGUGUGACGCAUGCUACCUGCUAAAUGACAAGCAAUCAUCAGUUAUUUUCUCUCCGUGUCACUGAUGGGGAAAUUUUGUCAAAGCAAUCAAACUAAACCUGAUCGCUGAUUUAAAAAAAGCAAAUCCUUCACUUUCUAAUGUAUUCAUUGGAAAACAGAGUGAGUGGUUGAGACCCGUGGACUCUGUCUGUCUCACUUACAUAAGCUGCAUUAUCUGUCAGAUACAGUCCACGUGUGACUAGCAAUCAUCCACGGACACUCUGUGUGAUACGUUCAGGUCCCGUUCCGACCUUUGGCUUUGUGUCAUAAAUAAUGGGCCUGAAUCAAGAACAUUGUUACGCGCUCUAAUGACUAAUGACUACAAGAGGUCGUGCUUCGUGCCGGCGUGUCAUUAUGCGUUUAUAACGCGCUGUUAACGCGCCGAUUCAACGAGCUCAUGGAGGCAACGACGCCGCUCAUCGCUGUCGUCCUGCUGCUGGCGACGGGCUCGUGCAGCGCCACGGUUGAGGAGGAGAACCCCGAGUUCUGGAGGUCACAGGCCCGGAAGACUUUGCAGUCAUCGUUGGACAUGAAGCUCAACACCAAUGUGGCCAAAAACAUCCUGUUUUUCCUCGGAGACGGUAUGGGAGUCACAACCUACACCGCGGCUCGAAUCCUGAAGGGGCAGCUGCGGAACCAGAGGGGGGAGGAAACGGUGAUGAACAUGGACACCUUCCCCCACGUGGGGCUUCUGAAGACCUACAGUGUGGACUUCCAGAUUGCCGACAGCGCGGCCACGGCCACGGCGUAUCUGUGUGGCGUGAAAACCAACCUCAACACCGUGGGCGUGAGUGCAGCCGCCCGGAACGGAGUGUGCCGGUCCCAGAAGGGCAACGAGGUCUCGUCCAUCCUGAAAUGGGCCAAAGAUGCUGGCAAAUCGGUGGGCAUCGUGACCACCACGCGCGUGCAGCACGCCACGCCGGCCGCCGCCUACGCCCACAGCGCCAGCAGGACGUGGUACUGCGACGCCGACAUGCCGCAGGCCGCCCGGCGCGACAACUGCUCCGACAUCGCGUCGCAGCUGCUCCACAACACGGACAUCGACGUGAUCAUCGGCGGAGGCAGGAAGUACAUGACCCCGACGGGCACCAGGGACCCGGAGUACCCCAAGGACCUGUUCUCCUGGGGCAAAAGGAAGGACAAGCGCAACCUGAUCGAAGAGUGGCAGCGCCUGAAAUCUGGAAAGGUGGCCCACUACGUGUGGCAUAAGACCCAGUUUGACGCUGUCGACCCUGACACCACCGACUACCUCAUGGCUCUGUUCGAACCUGGGGACCUGCGCUACGAGGCGGAGCGGGACCCGAGCACGGACCCGUCCAUCGUGGAGACCACGGAGAAGGCGAUCCGUAUCCUCCGGAAGAACCCCAGAGGCUUCUUCCUGCUGGUGGAAGGGGGGCGCAUUGACCAGGCUCACCAUUCGGGCCGGGCAUCCAUGGCCCUCCACGAGACGGUGGCUCUGGACCAAGCCGUCGCCAAGGGCCUCGAACUCACCGCGGAGCAGGAGACGCUGACCGUGGUCAUGGCCGACCACUCCCACACGGUCACCUUCAACGGGUACCCGUUCCGAGGGCAGAGCAUUCUGGGCAAAUCUCCGGUGUGGGCUGAAGACUUCCUGCCGUACACCACGCUGAUGUACGGCAACGGACCCGGACACCGGCUCGUCAACGGCACCCGCGCCGACAUCCGCAAGGUUGACACCAAGGAUAAAGACUACGUCCAGCAGUCGGCCGUGCCCACGGACACGGCCACGCACAGCGGGGAGGACGUGCUGGUGCUGGCCCGCGGACCCAUGGCCCACCUUUUCCAGGGCGUGCGGGAGCAGAACUACGUGGCUCACGCCAUGGCCUACGCCGCCUGCGUGGGCGCCGACCUCAGGCACUGCCAGGGACAAACCCGAGACUCCAGCGGGGCCUUGGGAGCCAGGGACUCAGCAGCUCUGCUCAGCAGCCUCCUCGCUCUGCAUGCACUCAGGGUGCUGCUGUAGAUGAUGCUCAGGGUCGUAGGCAGGGAUGCAGUCACGUGCACUGCUACCGGGUCAUGCAUUCAGAUAAAUAUUACGAGACGUCCUAAACAGAGACGAGAAGCUGUUUGUACAGAGACGAAUGGACUUCACCGCAGGGGAUGUGAACAUGUGUUUUGUUUUUGGUGCUUCGCUGAAGCCCUGUAUUGUAAAUAAAGCAUUCUAUCAGUAGCA